UAACUAAACUCUUGGACUCUAAAUAUUCUGGGGACUUACUUGCUAGGAUUUUCUCUUCGAAUCACUACGAUCUUGCUGUGAGUCCAUUUGUAAAGCCGGAGAAGCUAAGAAGGCACCAGUUAGAGCAGAUAUACAGCUGGACUCGAUUCCUAAGUUUGCUGUUGUGCUGGCUCCUCUGAGCUGGCUUGGGGAGUGGGGAGUGAAGCCUGAUUAGCUCCAUAUUCUGGAGAGGUCAUUCUGGUGCUGGUCCUGCAUUGGCUUUGACAGUAGGAACCUCUGGUUGCUAUGCCUAAGCCUUUUGGUACUCUUGUCUUCACUCGGUCCCUUUCUCCGGACCUGUGUUGCUGGAGGGCAGUAGACCCGCCCCGCCCCCAGGAGCAUAGGGUGUUUUCAGGUCUAGUAAUUGAGGCACCACAACCUGCCUACAGGCACACAGGUCCUCAGCCUGUCUUGCUUACAAGGAGACAGUUGUACACUGGGCAUGGAGGAACAUAGCCUCUAGGCCUGUUCAUUUUCAGCUGGAGCUACAGCUGAGAGACCUGUCCUGGAUGGAGUGUGGGCUGGGCAGGAGCUUAUGGUGGAUGGACUCUGGUUUGUUUCAGGCUGUGGACUUUGCUCCACCCCUCCCUGUUUAGCUGGGUUCUCUCUGUUUGACUCCUAUGCCUUCUGGUCCAACCAGAAGGAGCCAUAGGGCAGUGUGGCACACUUUGAUGUUUUGCUUGAAGUUUUGGACCUUCUGCCUAAUGGUUCUGUGAGACUUGGAUAUAGGCAGUGCCUAGAAAGUGAAAUCCAGACUCUAAAGAGCAGGCGCAUGCCUAGCCAACAUUCCAUUGACCCCCGAGACUCAGAGGGACCAGGAAAGGCGGAUUCGACGCGAGAUUGCCAACAGCAACGAACGGAGGCGCAUGCAGAGUAUCAACGCGGGCUUCCAGUCCCUCAAGACCCUCAUUCCCCACACAGACGGGGAGAAGCUCAGCAAGGCAGCCAUUCUCCAGCAGACAGCAGAAUACAUCUUCUCUCUUGAGCAGGAGAAGACUAGACUCCUGCAGCAGAACACGCAGCUCAAGCGCUUUAUCCAGGAGCUGAGUGGCUCAUCCCCGAAGCGGCGGCGGGCGGAAGACAAGGACGAGGGCAUUGGCUCACCCGACAUCUGGGAGGAUGAGAAGGCUGAGGAUCUUAGGAGAGAGAUGAUCGAGCUGCGGCAACAGCUGGACAAGGAGCGCUCCGUGCGGAUGAUGCUGGAAGAGCAGGUGCGCUCCCUCGAGGCCCACAUGUACCCGGAAAAACUCAAGGUGAUUGCCCAGCAGGUGCAGCUGCAGCAGCAGCAGGAGCAGGUGCGGCUGCUGCACCAGGAGAAGCUAGAGCGGGAACAGCAGCACCUACGAACCCAGCUCCUGCCUCCUCCAGCCCCCACCCACCACCCCACAGUGAUCGUGCCUGCACCAGCCCCGCCUUCCUCCCACCACAUCAAUGUUGUCACCAUGGGUCCCUCCUCAGUCAUCAACUCUGUCUCUACAUCCCGGCAAAAUCUGGACACCAUCGUGCAGGCCAUCCAGCACAUUGAGGGCACCCAGGACAAACAGGAGCUGGAAGAGGAACAGAGGCGAGCAGUUAUCGUGAAGUCUGUCCGCAGCUGCCCAGAGGCCCACACCUCUGAUACCGCCUCGGACUCUGAGGCCUCGGACAGCGACGCCAUGGACCAGAGCCGGGAGGAGCCUUUGGGGGACGGGGAGCUUCCCUGACCACCCCCAGCCCUCCUCUCCCUCCUGGGGGCUAGAGGGGGCCGGGGCAACAACAGGGAGAAACAUGGGUGAAUGAGAAAUUUUUACAAAAUUAUGAUGUCAUUUGGGUCUCUUUUAUGACCUCCUUUUCAAUACUGUAAGUCGACCUUUGAUCGAAGCCACCGGAGCCCAGGUCCCGGGGUUGUGGUGGUAUAUAGCACGCGUGGGAGCAUCGGGACUCCAGGGCUGGGCCUCGGCCCUGGGGCCGGGGAAGCUGACACUGAGGUGCCUAGCCUCUCUUGCCAAAAAGCUUUUUUAUUUUUGUUUUGUUUUUGUUUUUUCCUUCCAUUUAAAUGUGUUUUUAAAAACAGGGAAAAUCAAACAAAACCCCAAGGUAUUUGCUCCCGCCCCAGAGCCAGCCCGAGGCUGUCAUUAGUUCCUCACCCCUUCCCUCUGUCGGGUUAUCUUUUUCUCUUUUAAGCACUUACAUGGGUUGGGGUCAGGCUGGGUUGGGGCUUUCUGGGGACCCGGGGGAUGGGGGAUCCGGUGAUUGACAUUGCUUCUCAGUUGGGGUUUGCUGCUGCCAUUGUCCCCUCCCACUCCCCACCUCAGCACCAGAAUUGGCCAAUCUCCGCCUCCACCUCCCACCUUCCCCUCCAGGGUUCCUGUUAUUGACCCCAAAAAUGUCUUUGUCUCUCUUUUUGUUUUGUUUGUUGUUGGUUUUAUUUUGGUUUUGGUUUCUGUAUUUUUUUAAUUUUAAUUUUUCUUUUUUUUUUUCUUUUCUUUUCUACAAUUUUGAGGUCUUUGUGUCCAAGGAGAAGCUAUUAUAUUUUGUUAAGAAAAUGGGGGUAGGGAACAAAA